CAUCGCAAUUUUGACUCAUCUCCAUCCCAUCGACUUUUACAGCGGCAGGCUGACCUCCUGGAAAUUAAAUUGCAAUUGUAGAAGGUAGGAAUAAAGGCUUCAGGAUGACUGGCAUUAUGGACUCGGUGGAAAUGCCAAAAUUACCGGAAAACCAGAAAACCUUCGCCGGCAUUCCGGAGGCAGUCUUUUUGGAGGAGAUUGAUUCAUUCAUGGCACAGCCGGACAACGAGAACUGUGAGAAGGUGCUCCAGCGGUUGGACGAGCAGCACGGAAAGUACCGAUUUAUGGCAUUUAACCUGGAGGCGAGGCGCCGUAAGCUGAAGUCCCAAAUCCCCGACCUGGAGCGCUCUCUGGAGAUGGUAAAUGUGCUGCGAAAGGAGGACGAGGAACGCGAGACUCAGUUCCUGCUCAGCGACCAGGUGUUUAUCAAGACCUUGGUUCCACCCACGAAAACUGUCUAUCUGUGGCUGGGUGCCAGCGUUAUGCUAGAAUAUCCAUUGGAUGAGGCGGAGGCUCUGCUCAAGCAGAACGUCACAUCGGCGGUGGGUAAUCUGAAGUCCGUGGAGCACGACCAGGAUUUUCUGAGGGAUCAAAUCACAACCACUGAGGUGAACAUGGCGCGGGUACAUAACUGGGGAGUUAAAAAGCGGCAGGCCGCUGCCAAGACCAAUGCCGCCACCACCCCCUCGUAAGAAGCCGCUCCAUAACCCCAUCAUAACCCAAGAUCAACAUUAAAAGCAGUCACUGCUACGUCUCUCGCGUAUUAUUUAUUUCGACAGUUCACUGAAAGGGCUCGGCAGGCGUUACCACCUGCCUUAUUCUCGUUCUCCACUGAUAACAAUAAAACCGCUACACAACGCA